UAUUGAUUGAUUAUUGAGUAGAGCUAUCUUCUGGUGCCUGGGCUGACGAGCGCUCCCCUGUCCCCUUUCCUUCCCCAGUUCGAUCUGGUCGUUCUUUCCAUCUGCGAUCCUCACUGGAUCAGGUUCACUCCCCUCUCUCUCUCACACACAACGCUGUCUUCUCCCUUUUAUUUUUCAAUUUAUUAUUUCCUCUGUUUAUCUAUCUAUCUAUCUUGCAACAAAUCCAGAAUCACUAUCAUCAACAAAUCCAGGUUGCUGCUAAAGCGGAUGGAGCCAGAAUCUGGCACCUUACCUUCUAGAAGCCCUUCUCAGUUUUUCUUGAAUCUAUCACGGAAUUUAUUGUUGGCAUACCAAAGCUUUGGCGUGGUGUAUGGAGACUUGAGCACUUCUCCUCUUUAUGUCUAUAGAAGUGUAUUUUUUGGCGAUCUGACUGAUUAUCAAACUCCAGACGCUAUAUUUGGUGCAUUCUCCUUAAUAUUUUGGACCUUGACUCUGAUCCCUUUGCUAAAGUAUGUGUUUAUCGUGUUGAGUGCUGAUGAUAAUGGUGAAGGUGGAACAAUUGCUCUAUACUCGCUUCUCUGUAGGCAUGCUAAGUUUAGCUUACUUCCGAAUCAACAAGCAGCUGAUGAGGAGUUGUUGUCUUACAAAUAUGGUCCUUCACAGCCUACAUCACAAUCACCUUCACCGUUAAAGAGGUUUCUGGAGAAACAUAAAAAACUACGCACAGCUUUACUUAUUGUUGUAUUGUUAGGAGCUUCUAUGGUUAUCGGUGAUGGUGUCAUUACUCCUGCAAUUUCUGUUAUGUCAGCAGUGUCUGGACUUCAAGUUCAAGGUGUGGGAUUGGAGCUAAGUCAUGGGACAGUGCUGUUAUUUGCUUGUGUCAUAUUGAUUGGUCUGUUUGCUUUGCAACACACUGGUACUCAACGGGUGGCAAUUGUCUUUGCUCCUAUUGUUAUUUUAUGGUUGAUUUCAAUAUGUGGAAUUGGAUUAUAUAAUAUCAUACAUUGGAACCCAAAGAUUGUGUAUGCAUUAUCUCCACAUUACAUAAUCAAGUUCUUUAGGGAGACUGGCAGAGCUGGCUGGCUCUCACUUGGGGGUGUUCUUCUCUCUAUAACAGGAACUGAAGCUAUGUUUGCUGAUCUCGGCCACUUUACUGCCUUCUCUAUAAGACUUGCAUUUGUCGCCGCCGUGUACCCGUGUUUGGUCAUACAAUACAUGGGCCAGGCCGCUUAUCUGUCUAAGAACAUCACUUCUAUUCAAGACAGUUUCUAUAAAUCAAUACCCGAACCGGUAUUUUGGCCAGUUUUUGUUAUAGCUACGCUAGCAUCUGUUGUGGGGAGUCAAGCCAUCAUUUCGGCUACCUUUUCAAUUGUGAAGCAAUGCCAUGCCCUUGGUUGUUUCCCCAGGGUCAAAAUUGUCCACACAUCCAAACAUAUGUUUGGCCAGAUUUAUAUACCAGAAAUCAACUGGAUCCUCAUGGUUCUUACUCUUUUGAUUGCUGUCGGAUUCCAGGACACUACUCUAGUUGGCCAUGCGUACGGGCUUGCAUGCAUGACGGUAAUGUUCAUCACAACUUUUCUCAUGGCUCUUGUUAUAACCUUUGUGUGGCAAAAACACAUCGCAUAUGCUACCAUCUUCCUUGUUUUUGCGUUCAUAGAAGGUAUCUACCUCUCGGCUGCAAUAAUGAAAGUUCCUCAAGGAGGUUGGGUGUCUCUUUUACUCGCCUUUGUGUUUAUGGUCAUAAUGUAUGUUUGGCAUUACGGUACCCGUAAAAAGUACAACCAUGACCUUCACAAUAAAGUUUCACUGAAAUGGCUUCUCGGGUUGGGACCCAGUUUGGGUAUUGUACGUGUGCCCGGGAUAGGACUCAUAUACUCGGAACUUGCCACUGGUGUACCUCCUAUUUUCUCACAUUUUGUUACGAAUUUGCCCGCUUUUCACAAUGUUCUGGUGUUUGUGUGCGUGAAGCACGUCCCCGUGCCUUUUGUAUUGCCUGAAGAACGCUUCCUUAUUGGGCGUAUCUGCCCGAGACCUUACCGUAUGUACAGGUGCAUUGUUAGAUACGGGUAUAAGGACAUCCAAAGAGACGAUGGCAACUUUGAGAAUCAACUCAUUCAAAGCAUAGCAGAGUUCAUACAAAUGGAAGCUGUCGAACCUCGGUUAUCCACCUCUGAGAACACAUCCUUUGAUGGUCGAAUGGCAGUCAUAAGCACCAGGUCAAAUACUACUUUAACUGUCUCUGACCAACUGGACUCAACGAGCUCCGCCAUACAAAGUAGCAAAUCGUUAAUGCUGCAACGUUUAAGAUCCGAUUACGAUGAUGAAAACCCGCAAAUAAGAAGGCGGCAAGUGAGGUUCCAGCUGCCAUCAUCGGGUCCGGUAAUGGAUGAUGCGGUGCGAGAUGAGCUUUUGCAGUUGAUACAGGCUAAAGAAGCAGGAGUUGCUUAUAUCAUGGGACACUCGUACGUUAAGGCCCGGAGGUCGUCUUCAUACUUGAAGAAGCUCGUCAUUGACAUCGGCUAUUCUUUUCUUCGUAAAAAUUGCAGGGGCCCUGCAGUUGCUCUUCAUAUUCCUCAUAUAAGUUUGAUUGAGGUUGGUAUGAUAUAUUAUGUUUAGGUUAUUGGUUUUACAUUUUGAUAGCUCUUUUAUUCUAUUGUAAGCCAAAUAAUGUGAGAUUACUUUAUAUGGAUUGAUUUGCUUGCAUUUACAAAAAUAUACUAGGAAGCAACAAGCAGUACAUCUGUCUUUCAUUUUUUUAAUAUCUAAGGUUUUUUGUAAUCA